UGAGCCCUCUCCCCCCCCGCCUAUUCGAUUACCAUCACAGUCGUUCCCAGGCUACCAUGUCUCAAAAUAGAAACACAAAUUUGGUUUGUUGGAUUUGAUCGAGAAGAAUUGUCAAAAAAUGCCUGUUUCUUCCAAUAUCAGCAGGAAUCUUAUAAUUGAAGAAGAAGAUCUUCCUUACGAAGAGGAGAUUCUGAGAAAUCCAUAUUCUGUAAAAUGUUGGUCACGAUAUCUUGAGCACAAGAAGUCUGCACCAAAAUCUGUCUUGAAUCUUGUUUAUGAACGAGCUUUGAAAGAGCUUCCAGGAAGCUACAAACUUUGGUAUAAUUACUUGAAAGAGUGUAGAAAGCAAGUACGCGGAAAACCAAUCACAGAAACUUGUUUUGAAGAUGUAAACAACACCUUUGAGCGUGCUCUUGUGUUCAUGCACAAGAUGCCACGUAUAUGGUUAGAUUAUUGCCAGUUUUUAAUGGACCAACAUCUUAUCACUCGUAUAAGAAGAACAUUUGAUCGUGCUUUGAGGGCAUUGCCAAUAACUCAACAUUAUAGAAUAUGGCCCCUUUACUUGAAGUUUGUUCGUUCUUAUCCAAUUCCUGAGACGGCCGUCCGUGUCUACAGAAGAUAUCUAAAGUUACAAUCCAACAAUGCUGAAGAUUAUGUAGACUAUCUCAAAAGUGUUGGAAGGUUGGACGAGGCAGCUACAAGACUGGCAACUAUUGUCAAUCAGGAUAAGUUUGUGUCAAAAGAGGGAAAAUCAAAUCAUCAGUUGUGGCACGAACUAUGUCAGCUAAUCUCCAAAAAUCCCGACAAGGUUAAAAGUCUAAAAGUUGCUGAUAUUAUUCGUGGUGGCUUGAGACGAUUUACAGAUAGUUUGGGUCAACUAUGGUGUUCCUUGGCAGAUUAUUACAUCCGUAGUGGUCAUUUUGAAAAGGCACGUGAUGUUUAUGAAGAAGCAAUUCAAACUGUUAUGACAGUCAGGGACUUUGGACAGAUAUUUGAUGCGUAUGCUCAAUUCGAAGAAAGUAUGAUAAACACGAAGAUGGAAGGAACAGAUGGGGAAGAUAUGGAUGAAGAAGAAGAGAUUGAUCUUGAACUGCGUCUUGCAAGAUUUGAGAAUUUAAUGGACCGUAGACCUUUACUCCUGAGCAGUGUUCUUCUUCGUCAAAAUCCUCAUAAUGUUCACGAAUGGCAUAAACGAGUGAAGCUGUUUGAAGGCAAGCCAAAAGAUGUCAUUAACACGUAUACUGAAGCUGUGCAAACCGUCCAGCCGAAGCAAGCCACAGGGAAGCCUCAUACUCUUUGGGUGGAGUUCGCUAAGUUUUACGAAAAACAUAAACAGAUCGCUGAGGCAAGAGUUAUAUUUGAAAAGGCGACAAAAGUGUCGUAUCGUCGUGUCGAUGAUCUUGCAAGUGUUUGGUGUGAAUACGCAGAAAUGGAGAUUCGAAAUGAAAACUAUAAAAAAGCUUUGGACGUAAUGAAAAAGGCAACCGCGAUGCCAUCCAGCAGAACUAGUUUUUAUGAUGAGACAGAAUCUGUUCAAAAACGCCUCCAUAAAUCACUGAAGGUUUGGUCAAUGUAUGCUGAUUUGGAGGAAAGUUUAGGGACAUUUGAGUCGACCAAAGCCGUUUACGAUCGCAUUUUGGAUUUAAAAAUUGCCAACCCUCAGAUUAUCAUUAACUUUGCUGUAUUUUUGGAGGAACAUCAUUAUUUUGAAGAAUCCUUUAAGGUGUUCGAACGUGGCGUUGCAAUGUUUAAAUGGCCCAAUGUUUUUGAUGUUUGGAACACGUACUUAAUGAAGUUUAUCAAACGAUAUGGUGGAACUAAACUUGAGCGUAUUCGUGAUUUAUUCGAACAAGCUUUGGAAAAAUGUCCAGCAAAGUUUGCUAAAGGUUCAACAGAAACAAUUUUUUCAACCUUUUAUCUGAUGUACGCACGUCUCGAAGAGGAUCACGGUCUAGCUCGUCAUGCAAUGGCCAUUUACGACAGAGCAACAAGAGCAGUGCUGCCUGAAGAACAAUUUGAGAUCUUCAAUAUUUAUAUCAAGAGAGCUGCUGAAAUAUUUGGUGUUACACAUACAAGAGAGAUUUAUGAAAAAGCCAUCGAGGUUCUUGGUGAUGACCAGGCUCGUGAGAUGGUCUUUCGUCUAAAUGACAGAGAAAUGUGCACUCGCUUUGCUGAACUUGAACGUAAACUUGGAGAAAUAGAUCGCGCACGUGUUCUGUACAUGCAUGCUUCACAAAUGGCCGAUCCAAGGACGACAGCAUCCUUUUGGAAGACUUGGCAUGACUUUGAGGUUCAUCAUGGUAACGAAGACACUUUUCGUGAGAUGCUGCGCAUUAAAAGGAGCGUACAGGCCAAGUAUAAUACGCAGGUUAACUUCAUGUCCGCUCAAAUGCUUGCUGCAUCUCAAGCAAUGUCUGAUGCGGCAACCGGUAUGUCUGCGGAUGACAUGGAGAAUUUGGAAAAACAAGCUCGAGCAAUGGCUGAACAAGCGAAAAAGAAUCAAGUGAAGCCGAAACGUGAUGUUCUUUUUGUGAGAGGCGAAGCAACUGAUGAGGACAAUUUAGAAGCGUUGGCAAGAAUAGCGAAUCCAGAAGAGAUCUCAAUUGAUGAAGACGAUGAAGACGAAGAUGCAAAGAUUGAAGAAGUUCAGCUUGAACAACAAAUGGUGCCUUCAAAGGUUUUUGGAAGCCUUAUAAAAGACGACUAGAUUUCAUUGAUGGAUAAUAAGUUGUACGGUCAUGGAACAUUCUUGCUUUGGUUGCUCUUUGGAGCUUAACUUCA